AUGUCUACCAUAUUGAACAACACGCGCGUGAGGAAUAGUCUGGACUGCCCAGACAACAACACUUUUGCAUUCAUCGGUUGCCAAGGGUCUUCUGGGAGCGUGUACGACACAACAAGAGGCUCUUUUACCCAGGUUGUCAACAUUCAGGACUGGAAUGUGACAACCGUCGAUCAACAGCCCGAUGAUGGCGCCACAACAGUGCUGCAUGGAUACGAUGUCGCGAACUUCACCGACGGCCCGGCUGUGGCCUUUGGCUAUCCCUUCGAAGUUUGGGCCGACUACGAUGCCGUGAACAAGAGCGCCGUGGCAUUCGGGCCCAACUCUUCAACCCUUGAUAGCUUCCUGAGAAAUAAGGUCGCGCCCACCAGAAGCUUCAGCCUAGACUAUGGUUCCACCUCUGAACUACAUCCCCGCGAUGGUCAACUCAUCGUCGGUGGCUAUAACGAGGCUCGAUUCAACGCCUCUCAAGUUUCUACUUUCCGCAUGUGGGGAGCCAACGCCCCGGUUGCCUGCCCGCUGCAAGUCACCAUUGCCGACAUCAUCCUGACCAACAAAGACGGCGAUCACCCCCUUACCGAUCCCGGUACCAGAGUGGCGGCGUGCAUCGACACCGUCCACAACAGCUUCACAUUCACGCCCGCCAUUUACAACAAAUUCCAGAAUAUCGGCAAUAGCGCCGUCGACCAUACCAAAUCCAAGGGAGAAGCUUUCGACGAGUCCAAUUUUUCACUGGACCGCGAGCCUUUGUUUGGAACUCUGACGAUCAAGCUGACCAAUGGUUACACAACUGUGAUUCCACAUUACGAGCUCGUCACCAACGUCCGCGGCACCGACACGCAGGGCAAAUACGCCGUGUUGAACAACACGCGACUCAGCACUACCGUCUCGUCCGGGAUCGGCGAUCUGGGCGAGAAUGUCCCCAUGCUGGGCGGCGUCUUUCUCUCACAGAACUAUCUCCACGUUGACUACGAUGCGGGGACCUUCUGGCUCAGCCCGCAAGUUGGCAACGGAACUCUGCCUGACCGCAUCACAGCAGCGUGCAAUGGCAGUUCAACGGACGAUGGCGAAACAUCGGAAGCUGUCAUCCAAAUCGGCGUGCCGGUAGGAGUCGGUGCGGGAGUCUUCUUUUUCAUCGGGCUGUGGAUCUGGUCAAGGCACCGCAAGCACAACCUCCAGUCUAGAGAUGCUUCCAGAUCCAUUGCCCGCAACGAGAAGCGUGACGCUCCAGAUUCCAGAGCCUCCACCGCCAUGUUUGCGGGCCAUGGCUACGCCAACAACAACUCAACGGGAUCUCAUCCCACCAGGCUGGCGGUUGAUAACUACACCGGCCGCGCAAGUGGUCCUCUUCCCACCCGGUUUGCGGGUUACGACAAUGCUUACCACACAAACCCCGGCGAACACAUGGAGCUUGAAGGCGACCCUGGUCUGCCUGUCGCGCAGCGAGCGGAGUUGGAAGAGCCGGUACCACCAUACAGGGCCGAAUGGCCCCGGCAGAACUCCAUUCAAGGGGAGAACGAGAGUUACUACAGACAGUUUGAUGAACCAGGCGAGACCUACGAGCUCGCAGACACUUCGUCGUACUCAAAGCUUGUUCCGCUGGCGAGUCCGCUACCCGCGCAGGAUGAAGAGGCUGGCCUGAGCGAGCAUCAGGUCCCGAGUUCUAACACUUUGCAGGGACAUGCGACAGCAUUCAGCGAUGUCGUAUCCCCAACAAGUGAAGGGACAGACAGCACAAACGUCCAUUCACAUGUAUCUCCUGUUUAG